GACGCGGGCACCGAGUCACCAGGCACAACCGUGGGCUCCGAGUCAACUGGGAUGACCGCUGGCACUGGGUCAGACAUUGGAUCGUUCUGGCUGGACAGCGGGCAUCGGGUCACCAGGCAUCAGGUCAUUUGGCUCGACAGCGGGCACCGCGUCAUCUGGCAAGGCAGUGGGCUCCGAGUCAACAGGCACGACAGUGAGCACCGGGUCAUCAGGUACCGGAUUGUCUGGCUCGAACAGCGGGCAUCGGGUCACCAGGCCAUCAGGUCAUUUGGCUCGACAGCGGGCACCGGAUCAGGGUACCGGAUCAUCUGGAUCAACAGCGGGCAUCGAGUCAACUGGCCUAAUAGGAUCGUCAGGCUGGAUCAGUUCAUCAUGCUGGGUAGAGGCAUCAGGCUGAAUGCCGGCGUCCCGGCUGAGUAGAGGCUUCAGGCGGAGUAGAGGCUUCAG